AUGACUGGCGUAUCCUUAGUAGCUGCUAACUUAACUACCAUCUGUCUCGAGAGCUUCUUCUAUGGGAUCUUUUUUGUGCUUGCUCUUGCGUCUAUAUACAUUCUGGCGCAUCGUAACUCCCAUUCUGAUCCUUUAGCACCUCCGCGAUCGUGGAUCCAAGCAUUGCGAUCUAUAAUCACAUCACCAAUGCUCCUGGCGGCUGCCGGUUUGUUCAUCGGUAACACAGCGCAUUGGGCGCUUGGUGUAAUGCGUCUGUUCCAAGCAUUCCUUUAUUACGAGGGAGGCACCAAGCCUACACAAUUCUAUGGAGAUUUGUCUCAGAAGACGUACAUCGCGCAACUAAGCGCGCUGGCAUUCUGUAUCAUCCUCGGUGAUGCGAUCCUCGUGUACCGCUUGUGGAUCGUGUGGGCCUACCGUAAAUCAGUCAUUAUGAUUCCUAUAUGUAGCUUAAUUGGCCUCGUGGUUUGUAACAUCGGUGUCACAUACCAAACGUCCCGGUUCCGUCCUGGUGACAACGUGAAUCAAGUCUCCGCUGUAGCCUGGAUCACGCCUCUAUGGGCAUUUACAAUCUGGUCAGCCAACCACAUGCCAGUCUUGAUUGCAUGGCGCGUCUGGAGGGAGCAUUUAGAAAUCAGCAAGUCUUUCGGGAGCCGGAAAAUAAUGCGUGCGGUCGUCACGUUGAUUGAAAGCGCCAUGCUAUAUACCGCAUGGAACAUCUUCUACUACGUUGUAUAUCAGCUCCAGUCCGAGUUGCAAUUCAUCGCCAACCAGACAACACCCGGGAUAUGCGGCAUCGCAUUUAUGCUCAUAAACGGUUCGGAGGCUACCGCGGACGACCGUCCCCACGAAGGUAUAGAAUUUGAGAGAAUGAAGAUAGUAACUACAGCUAUCGACAACAGCGAACCGCUUUCCGUAUCCUUAGAGGACAAAACGAUGAGGUUUCAAUUCCACCACGCCCCUACGACCUACAUGCAGUGCUCUUUGGUUAGCAUCAAGAAGCAUGUGAACCAGUACCGAUGCGAGGUGGGUUAUAUGCAGCUGCUGAGCACUUCGAAACCUUGGGCUGCGGCAGAUCCCGCAAAUGAGGUGUUCAUCCUCUACGACGGCGGCACCACCCCCGGAUCUCUGUGGACUUCCGGGAUCUCAUUAAUUGUUCUCGCAAAUUGGGCCUGUUCUGGACUAGCUUGUAAUGAUGUCUCGUCUUCAUUGAGAGCGCCGCCCGUCUCUAUACUCCCUGCUUCCCAUUGGGAUACUGUCGCGCCCAAUUUUGAAGGCGCAAAGCCGCGUCUGAGCGUGGAAAAGACGUGGUCUCAGAAACCAGUAACUAUCCUGGCUAGUGGUGUGAUACUCUACCCAUCAGCAAUCUCUACUCGCAAAAAACCACACAACACGUAUACAACCGUCAAUUCUAUGGUGGCGUUCACAUCGGGAAUGUACCAGUCUCAUAGUCAGCACUAUGGACAGCUUCCGCCACCUGCUACAGACCCGUCACUCCUAGCUAUUCCUACUCCAGUCACUGCCCCUUCCCGCACACCGUCGAUGACCUCUGGCCCCGCGAAGGCAGAGCAAGAUGGUACGACCAGUACUAUGAUUCAAUGCGGUACCAAGCGUGGCCGCGAGGCGGAAGGCGCGCCACAUGUGGUUGUGGCUACGGCCACUGAGAGUGCUCCCUCCAAGAAGAAGCGUCUCCGCACUGGCAGACGCAAACCUCAUGGGCAUGCGACCUCACAGGCACGUAUGGACAUGAAAUCCGGGGGAAAUCAACCCCCUUCGCCUAAGCCUCCUAGGCAAGGAACAGUGCAUCCCAUCUACCUCUACCUGGAGGAGGAAUCUGAGGAACAGCGUCCUUACCCAUGCAUAAUGAAAGGAUGCACAUACCUCAUUCCUCUUGGAAGAGCAGCACCAUGGAAGCACAUGGAAGCGUGUCAUCCAGACGUUGCGCAGACGUGGAAGUGCCCGUCGCCUAGUUGCAAAGAUGAGGCGCCAAAAGUGUCAGGAGAUGCUGUCGGAAGACACGUACAGACCGCACACGCUCCCGUGCGCAUUUGGCAGUGCCCAAAAUGCUGGAAGAAAUCGAAGCCGAGGACCCGGAAAGAAUACUGGGUUCGACAAUGCGAUAGCUGCAAUGCCUCAGGGCUGAGCGACUCAGCCACAUCUGCCUCAAAGCAGAGCAGCUCGAGUGUUCUCAACGAGCUGGAACAGAAUGGCUCGACGAAAACGAGCCCGAAGGGGGGCGAGAAGGAGACGACGACGCAAACAUUAGACGACGCCCCUUAUGCAGUCAUUGAAUUCACUGUGUUAGUAGUAUCGAUGCGGACCAGCACGUACCUGCCAUUACGAGAGCAGAGUCGAGCAUACUCUGAAGUGUACACUUUACACCUCCGAUGUAACUUGAAACCAUCGCACGGUUCUUCUAUGGGUGACAACAUCCCAGUAGUGCCUUUUGAAUUUCCGGCGAAGAGCUGA